AUGUAUCGGAAGUUGUCUAAGUUAGAACACUCGGAAAUAAAACAACUUCUUACAGAAGCUAAUAUAGAUGUUGCAAAGCAUUACGCAACAAACAAAAAAGCACUCGCUGACAUCCUCAAUGACUAUAAUGGUGCAAUAAGUUAUGAUAGAAUUCAUGAGUUCAUAAAGCCGCAACGCGGCGAGGACGAAGUCCAUGCAAGAGCAUUUCCUUUAAAUGACGUUGCUAUUGACUUAUAUCAUAGACGUUCAGUACCUCAUGAAGUAAGAAGAGAAAUGUUUGACAUAACAAAUGCAAACGUUGGUGAAACAAGAAGAAGAGACGACACACUGA